UUUUUUCCGUAUAAAAUGGAAAACUGGGAGACGCGACGCAAGGUCUAGCUUUUUUCCUUGUAUCAGCGUCGGGGCAACGCAAAAUCAAGACGCGAACAUAUUCCGCUAAAUUGAAUUGAAGGCCGAAAAAAGAAGAGAGAGAGAGAGAGAGAAGGCAAAAAAGCAAGAGUGCAACAGAGUAAAGAGAUGGGUGUGACGAAAGAACAAGUUGAAUCAACCUUGAAGGCCAAACUGAACCCUUCUCAUCUCAGUUUACCCAAUUCAGGGCUCUUCAAGUUGCGCAUUCGAUUCAGUUAUCCUUUCCACCCAAAUCCCAAAAUUGUUUUGGAAGUAAAUGAUACAUCAGGAGGGUGCGGUGCAAGUUUUGUCGUCGAGAUUGUAUCAGAACAAUUUGAGGGCAAAAGGCUACUGGAGAGGCAUCGUAUGGUGAAUGCUGCCUUAGAGGAGGAAAUGAAAGAGAUUCAUGCUCUCUCUAUAAAGAAGACUCUUACCCCAGAUCAGUGGAAACAACAGCAAGAAUCCAACCAAUCAAAUUCUGCUGCGUAGAGCAUAUGUUUCGUUUAUAAUAAUAGUUAUAAAUAAGAAAUGCAUACAAUGUGUUGCUGACAGUUGACAUUGUUUGUGGAUUCUAGUUCUAUGUACUUUUAUCAACACUCAAAUUUAUAAUUGUACUACUAAAUUUUAGUUCACAAAAUUUCUGGCUU